UGUGAAAAUUCCGAUUUACUUCCCGAACUGAUUUAUUUUUUCAUUUUAAUAAGAAUAUGUCACUUCCAGCAUUAUAUGAUGCGUAGAUUGGUCAGUGGUUGGGCGGGCGGCGAGCGAGGGCGGCGCGCGCGCUCCAGUCCGCUUCCGCCGUCCGGUGCCUUACCAACUUCCAGCCGCUUCGCAACCAACACUUCGCGUCAAAUCAUCUCUCAUUAUAAACUUCAGCCACAGUUUAAAGUUCAAUAGUGAUCUUGCAAUUUUAAAUUGUUUUCGUACUCUUUGUUUAUUGCUGUUUUUGUUAACAGAUUUUCUUGAAAAUAUAAUUAUUAAUCCCAACUUGUUCUGUUUUAAGUUACAAAACUUCGUGAUAGGAGUUGGUAUUCAAUCAAUACAGUGUAUUGACAGAUCAAAUCACUUAACAGUAAUAAAAUUCUAAGCAAGUUAGAUCAAUAAGUAAGCGAGGACAAUGAUAUAACAUUUAAAAUAAAACUCCAAAAGUUGGAAGGUGGUAAAUAUCAUGGCGGAUAAACUCCACGAGUACCAAGGACUGACCGGGAGGUUUCAUUGUGCCCGGGAUCGGUAUAAGGAACGCUGGUCCCAGUGGAAAGAGCAGCACCCACGAGGGAUCAGGGAGGUGUUCGCCGAAACGCUUUUCGGUAUCCCUAACUCUGAUGAUCCGCCCGAAAGAGUCUGGCAGGAUAGCGAGUACAGUGAUAUCUUCAGAAGGAAAAGCAGGAUUGAAUUAAUGCGUAUAUCAGCAGCUGUGAUGGGCAUCGAAUUCUCGUACGCGGGUGAAACAGCGUUCGUCUCUCCAACACUGCUGCAGAUUGGCGUGCCGCACCACCAAAUGACAUUAGUGUGGGCAUUGUCCCCCUUAGUAGGAUUCUUCAUGACGCCUCUACUGGGGUCUUUGAGCGACAGAUGUAGACUGAAAUUUGGCAGGAGAAGGCCGUUUAUCAUUCUUAUGUCCGUCGGAGUGUUUUUGGGUUUGAUCCUGGUACCAAACGGGGAAGCUAUAGGUUACGCGCUAGGAGACGAAGGUCCCGUCAACAGAACACAAGUACCAGCCGUUCUAGGACCAAGAAGUUCAGCUUUAGAACAGGCUGAAGGCAACCAUCAUCCUUGGGGUGUACUCUUUACAAUUUUGGGAACAGUACUUUUAGAUUUCGAUGCCGACGCUUGUCAGAGCCCAGCGAGAGCUUAUCUUCUUGAUGUGACUGUACCAGAGGACCACGCUAAGGGCCUAAGUACGUUUACCGUAAUGGCCGGACUAGGCGGUUUUAUGGGAUAUGCACUCGGCGGAAUCAACUGGGACGAAACUAAAUUAGGCGAAAUAUUCGGGGGUCAUGUAAGAGCGGUUUUUUCGUUGAUAACAAUAAUAUUUGUCAUAUGCGUUACCGCCACCGUGACCAGUUUCAAAGAGAUCCCCUUGGAUGAGCUGAACGAACAGGAGGAGUUCAGAAAAAUGGCACAUAGUGAAAGGGUUCAGGAAAGUUUCGACGAAGACUCUACUAUGGAGAAAAAUGGUAUCAAAAAGGAGAAUUCUGGAUAUGGAGCUGUGGAGCAAAGUGAGGGUGACAUUACUCUAACAGUUCCUGAGAGUGGACAUGGCGAACAUCUCUCGCUUCGUCACUACCUUCGCUCCAUAGUCGUAAUGCCAAAAAGUCUACGCGUGGUCUGCCUCACUAAUCUGUUCUGCUGGAUGGCUCAUGUGUGCUAUUCCUUGUAUUUCACUGAUUUCGUCGGAGAAUCAGUCUUCGGUGGCGACCCUGCGGCGCCUGAGGGAAGUGAAAACCGUAUAAACUACGAGGCUGGUGUGCGUUUCGGUUGUUGGGGCAUGGCUAUGUACUCUCUGUCCUGCGCUUGCUACUCUACUAUCAUCGAGAGGCUUAUAAAGAGGUUUGGGGCUAAGAAGGUAUACGUUGGUGGUCUCUGCACGUACAGUUGCGGGAUGUUUCUUCUGUGUGCGCUGCGCGCGCCGGCCGCCGUCAUUCUCUUCAGCUGGACUGCUGGAGUUAUGUACUCCACGCUCUUCACCAUGCCGUAUUUGCUGGUCGCGCACUAUCACGCUACUGGAAUGUGGGACAGUGCGGGCGGCGGCAGCGGUCAGGAACGCGGCAUCGGCACCGACGUGGCGGUCGUAAGCAGCUGCGUGUUCGUGGCACAACUCCUGGUCUCCUUCAUCAUGGGCUUCGCUGUGAAGGCGUCAGGCUCCACUGCAGCAGUGGUUGCCGUCGCGGCCGCCCUAGCUGCUGCAGCUGCCUUCACUGCAACUAAGAUUACGUAUUUGGAUCUAUAAUCAUAAUCUGUUAAAAUCUAUCUGUAUAUAAAUGGUAGUAAAGUUUUAAUACACUAACGUUAUGCUUAUAAAUUUUGCGAAGGUAAAUAUAGUAAGUGACAAAGUGUAACCAUGUUGUUAAAUGUUUGCGAAUUAACAACAAAAAAUGUAUAACUUAGGUUUAGGUGAAAAAAAUAUUCUAUCCCAAAAGUAAUUUUAAAGCCCCGGGCACUCAAAAACGUUAUAUAUUUAUUGAAUUGAGUGUUCGUUUUAGUAGAAGUUAUAACUCAUAAUGAAAUUAUGUAUAUUGUACAAGAAACAUACAUAAUCAUAGUUUUUAUGCGUAUACUUCAAUAUCGUAAAUCUUCAAAAUAUAUACCUUAAAUUCGUACAAAUUCUAAAGCACUAUCAAAAUAUGUUAAUCAGUAGAUUUUCAGUAAUAAUAUUUUAUGUUUACUAAUGAUUAUGUUUUAUAAAUAACAUCGUAAGUUAGGUUCAACAAAACUUAUUUCAUUGUUUUUUUUUAUGAAUUUAUUGGAUUUGGGUCUGAUGCGUUAAACAAGGUAAAGAUUAAAAAUAUACGUGAGGUAAGGCAUUUAAUAUUGGCAUAAUAAUUGUAAUUGAGAUCACCUUAUCAUCGAUCAUUGUAACCAUUUUUUAUAGCGAAA